ACGUCUGAAUCGUGCAUUGACAGGCUCAGGCAGCCGACCAAACGGUUCGUCCCUUUGUAAUAUGGCUAGUGUCGACCUCGAAACCGCGAUAAAGCAAGAGGAGGAAUACCUGCGCAAGGUUCAUCCUACCGUGGACGAUAUUCCCGGGUGCAUGACUUUAUUUGAUGAUUUUUUGCAAUGUCAUGUUGUGGGGACUCAGGUCAAAUCGUUAUACAGAUACGGUCAAAUGUCAGAAUGUGGAGUCAAAAAAGAAGACUUCAAAUUUUGCAUGAGCUUAAAGUUUAUGCACCCAGAACAGAAACGGGACGCUUGGAUCCGCCGCCGCGCCGAGUGGUGGGCUCACAGAAGGCUCGGAAAGAGCAGCGAAAAUAUCUGGGAUAUGAGGAAGAGUCCCCUCUCGGACUGGCCCCCAGCCCUUUCGGAUAAUGUUCCAGAGAAUGUCGAGACAAUUUCAUGAACAAUCAGAAUGGCCUGUCCUGCGUAUCAUUUGCAGAGGAGAGUUCAACAGCCCUGUUACCUUCUCUUUGUCCUGGCGGGACGCGUAUUUGGGCCUCCAAACAUAAAUGACCCUCUCUCCAUGAGAAGAUAAGCUACACUCUGUUGAGCUCAUAUUACACUCAGAUCCCUGCUUUCUGUGGGUUUAAAUUUUCAGACAGGUUGAGAUUGUGCGCGUUGACUUCUUCAGCGCCAGUAUAUUCCAAGCAAAGCAUAUACACUCUAAACUAUGCAAUAAGAAGUCGAGAUGGUCGAAAGGGACUCUAGCGUGAUUUUUGAGCUUCUCCCCCUAUGAGGUAACACCUCGAA